UUUCCCCGAUUCUUCCCUUGCGGAUUGGAGAAGUUUUGAUUCUUAGGUAAAAAACUUUACCUGGGCUUUUCUUUUUGGGUGCGGCUGUUUGUCUGAUUCUCUGAGGUGAAAAAGUCUGGUUCUUUAUGUAAAAGGAUGUCAUUUCUUGGUUUGUAGUAUUUGCUUUGUUGUUUGUUAUGGUGGGUUUCUCGGAGUUCACGAGAUAGAGGGAAAGGGAGAGGGAGAGGGGAUUGUUGCUUUUCCACUAACGUAUAUAAAUUCGGGUCGGGUCACAAUCCCAGAUUCCAUAAUUCAUCGCUUUCUUCCUUCCAUUCUGCCACUUUGAGCAGUUAGAGCUCCAGAGUAAAUAGAGACAGAAGGAAAGAGUGGUUUGUAGUUUUGUUAGGACUUAGGACUCUCUCUCUCUUUUCUCAAAUUCACUUGUGGGAGGAUUUGGAGAAUCCAUCAGGGAAAAGAAGGGGCAGUGAGAUUCUGGUUGCAGGCGGAAAAGGCCCCCAAUUGUCUGCAGAUUUCACUGAAUUUGGGAUUUGAUUUUUGGUAUAUGGGAGAAAAGAACAGUUCUUUCUUUCGUUGUUUAUUCUCUCUGGGUUUCCUUUUCCUGAUCUUCUGGUGUCUUUUCAUGAAUGAAUGUGUAAACAGUUGAAUUCUGUGUGUGUUGAAGCCCAGGUGGGGGAAGAAGAAGGGGGAAUUCUGUUGUUUUUUGUGACAAUGAAGUUUCUGAGCCUGGUGGGGAAUUCAUUUGGCUGUUCAGCAUCUGGGGAAAGAUUAGUUUCAGCUGCCAGAGAUGGUGAUCUUCAGGAAGCUAAAGCCUUGCUUGAUUGGAAUCCAAGGCUAGCCAGAUACUCUACUUUUGGAGUCAGGAAUUCCCCUCUUCAUUACUCUGCAGCUCAAGGGCACCAUGAGAUAGUUUCACUAUUGCUCGAGUCUGGUGUUGAUAUCAACCUGAGAAACUACCGUGGCCAGACUGCACUGAUGCAAGCUUGCCAGCAUGGCCAUUGGGAAGUUGUUCUGACUCUGAUCCUCUUUCGAGCUAAUAUUCACAGAGCGGAUUAUCUGAAUGGUGGUACGGCUCUACAUUUGGCUAGCUUGAAUGGUCACACGAGAUGCAUACGCCUGCUUCUCACUGAUUACAUCCCGAGCAUUCCCUAUUGUUGGGAGCUGUUGAGGAGCAGCAACGAAUCGUCGCAGAAGGAGUUGAUCUCCGAAUUCGAUGAAGGUGCCCUCCAUGAGGUUAUCAACAAACCUGCUGAUGGGGGAAUCACAGCUCUGCACAUGGCUGCACUAAAUGGACACGUAGAAACUGUUCAGUUGCUUCUGGAUUUGGGAGCUUCUGUCUCUGAAGUCACCGUGGAAGAUGGGACCACCAUUGAUCUGAUAGGAGCUGGAAGCACACCUCUCCAUUACGCUGCUUGUGGUGGAAACUUACAAUGCUGCCAAAUGUUGAUUUCCAAGGGUGCCUGUCUUGAUGCUGAAAAUGCAAAUGGAUGGACUGCUUUGAUGGUUGCUAGAUCAUGGCAUAGAAAUGAGCUCGAGGAAAUUCUCAGUAGCCAACCUGCAGAGCAACAUCAGCAGCAGAUGUGUCCUUAUCUCUCGCUCCCUCUCAUGAGCAUUGUUAAAAUUGCCCGGGAAUGUGGGUGGCGGAACAAUGAUCUCCUUCCUUCUUGCCAGGACCCAUGUGUUGUAUGCCUCGAAGCAAGGUGCACUGUUGCCGCAGAAGGAUGCAACCACGAGUUCUGUACUCGUUGUGCAUUGUACCUAUGUUCAACAAUCUGCACCUCAAUGGCUUCCCAAGGUCCCCCGGGCUCAAUUCCAUGCCCAUUAUGCCGCCAUGGGAUAGUCUCCUUUGCCAAGCUCCCUGGAACAAAGGCAGCCCUAAAGUCCAUGGGACACAGAACAACCUUGUCACUCCCAUUCUGUGCUUGUUCAUCGGAGGACCUAGAACCAAGUUUGCUGAAUGCGCCAUUGUGCAAACCAGACUUCCAGUGCACGAGGUCAUCCUCAUUCCGGUCAUUAAGCUGCCAAAAGUUCCCCUCGAUGAAGUUCAACACCAGCAGGUGCAUUGGUUCACAAGACACAGAUUCAUCGUUGAUUCCUUCCUCUGUUGAUCCAAGCAUCAGGGAGCAGCUAGUGAGGUGCUCAAGGUCGAGGCUCAGGGGAUCAGGUUCUAACCACGAGCGAAGGAGGUCCUGGAUGUCGACGCUGAAUCAGUAUGUCACCAUAGGGAGUGGUUGCUGACCCAAAAGGUCUUCAUAUGGAUCACCUUUUUGUGCCAAUUUUUGCCUAUGGUGCUGAAUCAAUUUUUCUUUUUUUCGCUUGUUUAGAAUGUGACACUCUUGAGGGAUUACUGUAAAUAUCAGAAAGAGAGAGAAGUGAAAGAAAGAAGUUGCAGAGAAUGGAAUAUUUGUGGUACUUUAAGCUUGAUUCCUCAAUGUACAUAAGAAAGAAAGAAACACAACACACCCAUAAUCAUACUACAUGUAACUUUUGUUAAAGGUCUUAUGUUUAAGCUGCUUCUUGUGGCUGAUAUAUUAAUCCAUGAAACUGAAUUCCCCCAUUUCUUCAGUUUCUCUACAUGGGAUUUCCAGAAAGUUUUUAUCUUUGGUCUUUACAGGCACUUCUAUGGAGA